UGGCUCGCGCCCAACACUCUGCUUGAAUAUUUGAGUCGGCGCCAUCUCCCCCUGUGCUGAGCGGUCGUUGCUUGAGUAAUCAAGGCCCUCGCUGCUAGUCGAUUGUGCCAGGGUCUCUCCCGUCGUCUCUCGCCGGCCCAGUCUUGGCGAAAUGUCAUCUGCAUCUCUCAAAGAGAGGGCUGAUCAAGCCGCGGCAGAAGCGGCGCGCCCUUCCUUGUCAAACGAGCAUCCUUCUCACAUCUCUUUGCCAUCACCACACCUCGCUGCUGGCCUCAAGGCCUCCACCACGAGCUCCACUCCCGAAAAGGCGCGCAGAGAUGCGAGAUACCGUGAAACGUCCUCGGUAUCCGACGCAGCACAGCGAGGCACUGCUUCGGCUACCACUUCUCCAGUGCUGUCCUUCGCUGCUCUGCCAGUUCAUCCCUUGCGCGCCGCACAACAGGAAGCACAAUCGGCAGCUUUGAAGUCAGGAGUCGCUACUUACGCCUCGACAAGCUCCACCCCUGCGAUUUCAUCUCCCUCGCGCGCUCGCAAGAUGGAGCGCGCGUCCUUCGACAGACUUGAUGGCUCAGACGAUGAAGCAGGCACAUCCAACCUGGCUUCUCACAGUCCGGGCAAGCGGCAUAGCGGCAUCUUGAGCUUCAUGGACAGGUUGCGACCGCAUACAUCCAAUUCUCACGAUCCCAACGAACUGCGUCGGUCGAAUUCAGGGAAGGGGAAUCACUCGAGGUCGCAUUCCAGCGGGACAAGCAUGUUCGCUUCUGGUCAUCCCAGCGGUAGAAACAGCGGUAGAAACAGCGGUAGAAACAGCGGGCGGAAUACAGGCAAGCACACGCCGACCGAAGCGCCCACUGGCGACUACGCAAGCUAUCUGGCAGCCACUGAGCUCAAAGCGCGUCUUGCAGCCGAGCAAGAGGCUGCCAUUCGACGUGAUCUCGAGCUUGCGAAACACCCUAGCAGGCUGCAAAAGGAAAAGGCCAAGGAGAGAAGCGACGAGAGACGCGGCGACAAGGCGAGCAGGUUGCGCGACUUGGUCAGAAAGAUUUCCGAUGAGCAGCAGCCCACCCUACAGCAGGGCCCCACGUUGGAAGAGCGAGGAUACUUCCCAGGCGAUCUUCGGCACCACGGUCAUCUUGACUCCACACGCCCUUCGCACAAGAACUCAGAGGCACACGCAGACCCUGGGAAUCGGCGAAUUGCUCACAAGUCGUCUAAAAGCAAGGCCAAAGCAAUGGCUCCUGCGCCGUGCGGCACAUUAGAGUUCAGCGAGUCAGAAGACGACGCAGACGGUGCCUCUGAUGAUCUACUGGUAGGUUCAUCCGCAGACGAGAGGGAGAACGGUGACGAGCGCCCAAAGAACAACGCGCCAUCAGGCAAUUCUCAGAGCAGCUCAGGCACGUCGGACGAUGAGGAGACUGUCGACAUCAUCCAUCACGAGCGCGACGCUUCUACAAUCUCGCUCAAGUCUUGGCAGACGGGCAAGGGUCAAGAUGACAAUGCAUCGGGAGUCUUCUCGCUACAUAGCGGAGGUGCGUCAGCCCAACUGCAAAAACCGCUCUUGGAACUUGAAGAGCUGGAACUCGAGAGCUUCUUGAAGAAUUUUGGCCGACACACUCGAGAAGUGCGGGUGCCUGCGUCAGUGAACUUCCCACAGAGACGCAUGCCGAGGUGGGAGGACUUCAGGGUGCCGCCCGACGAAGCGGCAGUGGCCGCGCGGCAAGGCAAAAGGGUGACUGUAUUGACCCAUGUAGAUCGAGGUUUGCAACUGCUAGCAGCUUCCGAAGGGCCUGGCGGACCCCAGCCACGCCAAUCGGGUAGCAACGGCCCGCAUGCCAUGAAUAAGCAUGGUCACAAAAAGAAGCGCCCCUCGAGUGGAAGACAGAGCAGAGGCGCUGGAGAAGCCGCUGGAGAAAGUAGCGCGGGUAGGACAGAGGAAGAGAACACCAGCGCAGACGAAGCCGUCUCGCCGCCUGCAGAGAGGAGCGGUCAGCCGCACGUCACGUGGGCGCCCGAGACCGGCUUUACCACCACGACUGAGCGCGAGCUCCCGGAACCGAAUGAGUCGCCCGAUGCGAAUCUGGCGGGGCUCCGCCAGCGGUCCAUCGAGAAGUCGGAGCGCGAAGCGAAGAAGGAAGACAAGAAGCAACAGCAGUCUCGAGAGAGCAAGACCGCUGCUGCGCAAGCUGCCGAUGUUGCCGCCAAAGCAGAUCGCGCCAAGGCUCACGAUCGCAGCAAAUCCGACGACCGAGGUGCUGAUCGGACAACGCAGACGGAUGAGGAGCCUUGGCAGAUCAUCACGCCUUUGUCGGAUGAAGCUGUGCACAAUGCAGCCAGCGAAGCGCAGGGUGAACCUCAUGUGGAUGGUAUCGCCUUCUGCAUCGCCUACAUUCUUGCACUCGUUGAGCGCUACGCACCCGAGGAACUGGACAGCAGUCCUGAUCAAGCGUACCGAGAAAGCAAGACGCGAAGCCACAUCGAGCGUCUGUACCUCAUCGCGCCCUUUUGGGAGCGACUGCUCUUCGGUCUGCGCAGACUGUACAGAUGGGAGGACACGAAGCGGACUGGCGCAGCUGCGAUGAUCUACUUUUUGCUCUGGUAUACCAACCUUUUGGCGACUGCAUUUCUUUUGAUGCUCAUGUACUACAUUCUCCAGUUCCGCUUCUUCCCUCCGGACGCUUCGGUCCUGCACGAACAAGUUCGCAAGAGAAUGGCCCGUGGUGUCGAAGCAGAUCGACUAGCCGAACGUCUACGGCGCAGAAGUCGGCUCGACAUCUUGGAGAUUUACAAGCGUUACGUGAUGACGUAUGGUUCCGCCACGCAAGCGGCCGCAGGUGACAUUGCAGAUUUCCACGAAAAGGUCAAGAAUCUGAUAUUGUGGCGUAAUCCCACUGCUACCUGGCGGACCCUGACGCUCUUUUCGAUUGCGACAGCCUUGGUGACAUUUUUGCCGACCGCGGUAGUGGCAAAGAUCUUGUGGUUGGUGCUCGGCGUCAGCUUCUUCUUGCUGCUGCCUUUGCAGUCACACUACCCGCGCUAUCGACGACCUCUAAGCCCCAUUUGGUGGGCACUUUGGGGUACGCCGACCGAUGCGCAAUUCGCUAUUCAGCUCUUACGACGACGACACCUGGAACAACAGGUCGCCGCUGGUGCCGAAAGUAACGAUCCUGCGCUACAGCAAGAGGGUGAGGAGGUACGAGCGAGCGAUUAUCGCAGAGGCAAAGAGGGCAGAAAGAAAGGCAUGAUCAAUGUUCUCACCCCUCUCAUGAGAUCAUCUGCUGCGCACGCCGUCGCUUAUGGUCCCAUGCGACCUCUCAAAGAUGGGGAAGGUGGUCUGCUCUCGCUAGAAGAUCGCGUCAAAGACAGGCAUGGUCACGAGACGGUCAAGCCUCGAAAGCUGGGCAGUUUCUUCUGCCAGCACAAUGCGGUACCGGGCCACCUUCACGUGACAACGCGCAUGAUCUACUUUGUCGCGCUGCACCAUGUCCGGCCCGAAGGUUCUCACAAGUCCUGCAAGACGCCGCUAGAAGAGAUUGCGGGACUGGUCAAGACGAAGUCUAUACGACUCGUCGUUUGGUCCUCGUCUGGAUUGCAGAUACAACGCACUACAAAGGGAAGCCUAUUCUUUUCGAAUAUGGCUCAUCGAGACGAUGCUUUCAACUUGAUCUUGGCUAUCGGCUCCGAAGUUUGGAGCAAAGUCUAAACUGCGGACGACGGCGAACUCUCACCUUUUCUGUUUGUUUCUAAGCUUCUACGUUAUUACCUGCGCUACCAUCUACACCAUCCGAUCUGCCAAUUGGGGCGCCUGAUCUGAACGUUUCUACCUGUCAUGGAUCUUUCAACUUGUCUCUGG